CUCAAACAACCCAUCUCCUUCUCCUUCUCCUCCUCCUCUUGUCUCUCUAUCCCUCAUUGUAUAUAUACACAACCUUCAUGUGUGUUCAGGAAAAACUUGGAUUACUGCAAAAUCUGCUAUCAUCUUCAUACAUUCUUUCAUUUUUCCUUCUCUUUAUGAACCAGUGACUCUGUUUUUUUAUUGUGAAUUGUGAAGAAAAUGAGAGGCGAAGAAAGCAGAGGAGCUUACUCUGAUAACAACUCCGACACAGAGAGCAUCGCAAGCGACAGGUCCACAUUCAGUGGUCAAUUAGGUGCUCCAAUCAGAAAACGUCCCUCCAAGAAAAGUGCCCGCUUCAACAUUCCUCCAGUCGAACCACCGAGAUCCUCCGUAAAUGGCGAAGCAGACGAUGGUUCAUCUUUUGUGGAAAUCACUCUCGAUAUCGGAGAAGACUCUGUGGCCGUUCACAGCGUUCAAGCUGCAGGGGGAGAAGGUCAUGAGGAUCCGGAACUGGCUUUGUUGGCUAAGAAGACGUUAGAGGGGAAGUCGGCGUCGUUUCGAUCGUUUCUGUUUCAUAGCACUUCCUCGCACAUCAAGCAAGUCUCUCAAGAGCUCAAACGGUUAACUUCCUUCUCGAGGAGACCGUCUGCUGCUAGACGGUUCGACCGGACCAAAUCUGCUGCAGCUCAUGCCUUGAAGGGGCUUAAGUUCAUCACUGCCAAGACUGGUGGCGGUGGAGGUGGAUGGCCCGCCGUGGAGAAGCGGUUUGAUGACCUCACCGCAUCUACUAGCGGGCUUCUUAGCUCUUCCUUGUUCGGUGAAUGCAUAGGGAUGAACAAGGAUUCCAAGGAGUUUUCAUUGGAACUGUUUGGCGCUCUUGCUCGGAGACAUAACAUCACCGGUGAUUCAAUCAACAAAGCUCAACUGAAAGAUUUCUGGGAUCAGAUUUCAAAUGAAAGCUUUGAUGCAAGGCUUCAAACUUUCUUUGACAUGGUGGACAAAGAUGCCGACGGAAGAAUCACAGAAGAAGAAGUCAGAGAGAUUAUCAGUCUCAGUGCUUCUGCAAACAAGCUUUCAAACAUUCAAAAGCAAGCAAAGGAGUAUGCAGCAAUGAUCAUGGAAGAACUCGAUCCUGACAAUGCCGGUUACAUCAUGAUAUACAACCUGGAAACUCUGUUAUUACAAGCUCCAAACCAAUCUGUGAGAAUGGGAGACAGCAAAGUUUUGAGCCAACUCUUGAGUCAAAAGCUGAAACCAACUCAAUUGAACAACCCAAUAAGCAGAUGGUAUGAGAAGAUCAAGUAUUUCUUAUUAGAUAACUGGCAGAGAGUCUGGAUUAUGAUGUUAUGGCUGGGAAUCCUUGCCGGCUUAUUCACAUACAAGUUCAUCCAAUACAAAAACAAAGAGGUGUUCGAAGUGAUGGGCUAUUGCGUUUGCGUCGCCAAAGGAGGAGCAGAGACUCUGAAAUUCAACAUGGCAAUUAUUCUUCUCCCAGUUUGCAGAAACACAAUUACUUGGCUUCGAAACAAGACUAAAUUAGGCAAGGCCGUGCCUUUCGAUGACAAUCUCAACUUUCAUAAGGUAAUUGCCAUUGGAAUAGCAGUUGGAGUAGGACUACAUGCUGGUGCUCAUCUAACAUGUGACUUCCCUCGGCUUCUUCACGCCACCGAAGAGGAAUACGAGCCUUUGGAAAAAUAUUUUGGGGAGGAACAGCCCCAGAAUUACUGGUGGUUUGUCAAGGGUGUGGAAGGGGUUACUGGAAUUAUAAUGGUGGUGUUAAUGGCCAUAGCGUUUACGCUAGCCACGCCUUGGUUCAGACGUAGCAGGCUCAACUUACCAAAAGCUCUAAAGAAGCUCACAGGGUUCAAUGCUUUCUGGUACUCUCACCAUCUUUUUGUCAUUGUCUACACCCUUCUCAUUGUUCAUGGCAUCUACCUCUACCUCACCAAAAUAUGGUACCAAAAAACAACAUGGAUGUACCUUGCGGUGCCGGUGCUUCUUUACGCCUGUGAAAGGUUGAUCAGAGCGUUCAGAUCAAGCAUCAAACCAGUCAAGAUUCUGAAGGUUGCUGUGUAUCCAGGCAAUGUGCUAGCUCUGCACAUGUCAAAGCCCCAUGGAUUCAAGUACAAGAGUGGCCAAUACAUGUUCGUCAAUUGCGCUGCUGUUUCUCCCUUCGAAUGGCAUCCAUUUUCAAUCACUUCAGCUCCCGGAGACGAUUACCUUAGUGUCCACAUUCGAACUCUAGGCGAUUGGACUCGGCAGCUCAAAACUGUCUUCUCCCAGGUAUGUCAGCCUCCUCCAGCUGGCAAGAGUGGAUUACUUAGAGCCGAUGGAAACAAUCCCAGCUUCCCAAAGAUUCUGAUCGACGGCCCAUUUGGAGCACCAGCACAAGACUACAAACAGUACGAUGUAGUACUUCUGGUCGGCCUCGGAAUCGGAGCGACGCCGAUGAUUAGUAUCGUCAAGGACAUCAUUAACAACAUGAAAACCCGAUCCGAAGACGACGAAGCAUUGGAGUCAGGGCUCGAGAGCGGCAGAUCAACCCCAAACAACAACACCACCAGAAACAAAUUCAAAACCACGAAAGCCUACUUUUACUGGGUAACGAGAGAGCAAGGAUCGUUCGAAUGGUUCAAAGGGAUAAUGAAUGAGGUGGCGGAGAUGGACGAGAAGGGCGUGAUUGAGCUUCACAAUUACUGCACCAGUGUGUACGAAGAAGGCGAUGCCAGAUCAGCCCUAAUUACUAUGCUCCAGUCCCUCCACCACGCGAAGAACGGAGUCGACGUUAUUUCGGGAACUCGCGUCAAAUCCCAUUUCGCAAAACCUAAUUGGCGACAAGUCUACAAGCGAAUCGCACUCCAACAUCCAGACGCACGAAUUGGAGUUUUCUAUUGUGGGGCACCAGCACCAAUUAAGGAGCUAAGGCAAUUAGCGUUGGACUUCUCUCACAGGACAACCACAAAGUUUGAUUUUCAUAAAGAGAAUUUUUAGAUUAAUUAAUUACUUGUCAAUAAUGUUAAUUAAGAAUAGUUUAUGAUAAGCUAUAGUAUAUUGCUAACCUUUUUUGUUAUUGGUUAGUGAUAAUGACGAAUAACGUCUCGUCAUUAAUUGUAUGAUUAAUAAUGUUUGAUGCAAUGAAAGUAUUGUAAUGUAAUUAUUCAAAUUUUAAUACAAAAGAAUUGUUUAUUGUGCAAGAGAAAUAGU